UUUGUACCGGUUACUUUAUCUACAAUGCAUAUCGAAGGUGAUAGAACUGGUGAUGGGCGUAGUUUACCAACUGGUGAAGGGAGCGGGAUGCCGACUGGGGAUGAAAUUGUUAUCAGUGGAAUAUCAGGAAAGUUUCCCAUGUCCCAAAAUGUUACGGAGUUCAUGGAGAAUUUGUAUAAUAAGAUAGAUAUGGUGAUAAACAUAGAGCCGGAAAUACACCAUCCUGAGUAUCCGAAGCAUCGGGGGAAGGUUGACGAUAUGGAGAAAUUCGACGCAACAUUUUUUAAAGUAACGUAUAAACAAGUGUUAAGUCUGGAUAAUAAGUGCAGACAACUGAUGAGCUAUGCAUACACCGCUGUUUACGAUUCAGGUGUAAAUCCUUUACAAAUGAAGGACAACAAGUUGGGCGUAUUUAUUGCAUCGUCUACCGUUGGUGACAAACAUUUGCUGUCAGAUGACUAUACCGGUUUUAAGUCAACUAAUAAUUUCUUCAUUAGUGGGUGCAGUAAAGCGAUGUACUCGAACAGGAUAUCAUAUUGGUUCAAUAGCAAGGGACCUUCUUACUACAUCGACUGCGGAUGCGUCGGAUCCUUGGCGGUAGUCGACCUCGCCUGUCAAAGUAUCCUCAGCGGAGACUGCGAAGCGGCGCUGGUUGGGGGAUGCAGCAUCUGUUUCAGUUCCACUGUUACUAUUAACUUGAAUAAUGCUGGCUUACUAUGCAACGAUGGUAAAACAAAAUGUUUUGAUAAACAAGCUGAUGGAUACGUCAGGUCCGAAUCCAUCGGUUUCCUGUUCUUGCAGAAAGCUAAGGACGCAAAGAGAAUAUACGCAGAAAUAUGUCACACAAAAUUAGGAUACUGUAGUUCUCCGUUAAGUGACUGGAAAAUAGUGCGUCACGCUAAUUCAAAGGACAUUACAGAAUUCUUAAAGAAAUUUUAUUCCGAAAUUGAUGUGUCUCCACAAGAAAUAGAGUAUGUGGAAGCAAACGGAAUCGCUAAUGCGGAAGACGAUAAGAAUGAACUAGAAGCUGUUGGUGAGAUGUUCGGCAACAAAGAGAGGCCAGUUAAAAUAGGUUGCGUCAAAUCUAACAUGGGUAAUAGUGAAUCUGCUUCAGGAUUGUGUGCUCUUACGAAGGUUUGUCUAGCAUACAGAAAAGGGGAAAUUUCCGGUAACUUACAUUACGAAAACCCACGCGAUGACGUAGACGCUGUCCGGGACAGAAGAAUCGAAGUCGUACACGAAAAUACACCUUUUAAAAGGGGAUUUGCAGCUUUGAAUAGUUUUUCAUAUACUGGCCUGAUGGCACAUGUACUUUUAAAAGGGUAUUACAAAGAAAAGAAUCACAAGAAAUAUAUAUCAAAUAUACCAUACUUGGUGAAUGUAUCGAGUAGAAAUGAGGCUGGCGUUGGUAGGAUGCUGGAUAUUUUGGCGGCGACGCCAAUCGAUGCCGAAUACAUUGGUCUUUUGCAUAAUAUCCAUAAAAUAGAAACACCGGGACAUAACGGCCGAGGCUAUAUUAUUCUGAGGUCUAAUCUUGAAGAGAAAACUUGCGUCUUAAGUAAAAGCGUUCAACUCUAUACAGGAAUCAAGCCUCCAGUUUGCUUUAUGUACAGCGGGAUGGGGUCACAAUGGUGUGAAAUGGGAGCUGAUCUCAUGAAUAUACCAAUUUUUUCUGCAGCUAUAAAAAAAUGUCAUAAAGUACUUGAACCGAAAGGAGUGAAUAUAAUUGAUAUUUUGACAUUGAAGGAUCAAACCAUAUACGACGAUAUAAUGAAUUGUUUUGUUGGGAUCACGGCGGUACAAAUUGGUCUGACUGACAUUCUGCGAGCGUUAGAAAUUGUUCCAGAUUACAUUAUUGGGCAUAGCACUGGCGAGGUAGGCUGCGCAUACGCCGACGGUUGCCUGACGCUGGAAGAGACGAUCCUGUCGGCAUACUGUCGCGGCUUAGCCUCGAAGCAAACUGAAGUUAUACGCGGAGCAAUGGCAGCCGUGGGCAUGGGAUACGAUGACUUAAAAAGGAUUUGUCCUGCCGACAUAGAGAUAGCGUGUCACAACAGCGCCGGAUCCUCCACUAUAUCGGGACCUGUUGAUAUACUGAAAGAUUUCGUUGCUUUGUUGACAAGUCGCGGCAUCUUUGCAAAAGAAGUUCCUUGUGGCAAUAUUGCUUAUCACUCUAAAUAUGUGGCUGCUGUUGGGCCACCCUUAUUCGAAGCUUUAAAAGAGGUUUUAAAGAAUCCGAAGAAAAGAACCUCUAAAUGGUUAUCUACCUCGUUUUUGAAAACCAGAUGGGAUGAAGAUAUAGCUAAAUUCUCAUCAGCGGAAUACUUCACCAAUAAUCUGAUGAGUCCAGUAUACUUUGAAGAAACAAGCAAAUUAAUACCGAACAACGCAGUGGUGAUUGAAAUAGCCCCCCACGGGCUACUGCAGGCGAUAGUGAAACGAUCUCAUAAAUCGUGUGAACACGUUCCUUUGGCGAGGCGUGGACAUGAGAACCCCACUAAUUUUCUACUUGACGCCAUUGGACGAUUAUAUCAAAGUGGUCUGAACCCGCAAAUACACGAGUUGUAUCCUAAAAUAGAGUAUCCAGUCGCCACCGAUACUCCGCUGCUCUCAAAUCUUGUGGGCUGGGAGCACAGCGAAAAUUGGCCAAUUUUUAUUGAAGCAAAGAAGAUUCGAAAACAAGGUCAAAUUUGUAACUAUUUUAUAACGCUUUAUGGUGACGAAAACAAGUUUAUAAAUGGAUACACUAGAAAUGGUGUGAAUGUAAUCCCGGAAGCUCUACUCUUAGUUCUCACUUGGAAAACAUUAGCUAUGGCAAGAAAUGUUGAUCAUAACCAAAUGUCCGUUAAGUUCAAUAAUGUAUACUUUAACCACGAAGUAUCAUUCGAAGAAAACAAAUUGGCUAAGAUAACAGUUUCUAUUAACAAAGGCGAUUAUAAAUUUGAAGUAAGUAAUUAUGGUAGACGCCACAAGAACAUUAAAGUAGAACAACAUCUGUUGUACGAAUUGGUAACAAACUAUGACACAGUUGUUGUAACUGGACACAUAACGGAUGAGUCUCCAACUAAUAAAUGCAACUUUGAACCAAAUAACGAAAACUCUGAAGAUGAUAUUUUUUUAACCUCUGAUGAAAUAUACCGGCUGUUGGGUUUUAGAGGAUAUUCCUUUAAGUGCGGUGGUGUGACUAUUAAAGACAUGGUAUUUUCUGACAGAGCUGUAGUUCACACACAAGUACCUAGUGUUUUGUUAGUUAGAAAAAAUUCGCCCCAGGUUUUGGAGGAGUUUUCAGGAGAUGACAUUAUAUCGGGUCAAUGGGGCAGUCAUUACUACACGCCUGUUUCCUCACACGACGAAGUUGAAGAAUUUAAAGUAACUUUGAAGAAUCCAAAAGAUUUAGAAAGUGUUAGUUUUGAGGAAAUUGCUACUCCGAAAUCCCUAACCAAUAAAAUUAUAAAGGUCUGUUACGCUGGAGUAUCACAAAGAGAUUACCAACAAUCUAUGUUUGGGACAAAAUUGGAUUUGGGUAUGGACUUUAGCGGGAAAGAUUUCAACGGCGAGCAGGUGAUGGGCCUGUUGGCGCAGGGGUCGCUGUCGAGUAGCGUGGCUCCAGACCCAGAACUAGUGUGGCCGGUGCCACGCCACUGGACCCUGCAGGAGGCUGCCACCGUGCCCCUGCCCUAUGUGCAUGCAUACUAUGUACUCAGUAAAGCAAAUUUGAUAAAUGGAGAUCGAGUGUUGAUCAUCGGCGGGGCGGGGGCGUUGGGCCAAGCGCUUAUCUCUGUUUGCCUGUCGCUCGGCUGCAUCGUCUAUACAACUGUUAGCACUUUGCGUAAGAAAGAAGCCUUACUCAAGCUAUUCUCAAAUCUUAAAGAAAACAAUGUAAUAUGUGAGCUGAAUGAUGAAGUUCUAUAUGAUCAUAUAGUGACACAAACUGACAAUCAGCUUUGCAAAGUAGUUGUUAGCUGCGCAUCGGGCAGGUUGCGCGAGGUAGCAAUGAAAUGCGUUGGUUUUACGGGAACGUUCUUGGACGUCAAUCAGAAAGACAUGGAAUCGAAUAAGUCCUUCGGGAUGAGCUUCAUGUGGCAAUGCAGGACUUAUAAAAUUGUCGAUUUAUUCAGUCUAUUUGAGAGAAAUAAUAAUAUGGAGAAACAGGCGCUUCAAUUCAUAGUUGCUGAAGGAAUUGCGAACGGAGUCGUGAAGCCGUUACCUUCAAUAACAUAUGACAUUGAAGAAGUGCCAAGGGCGCUUAAGUUGCUCUCAUCGAGGAAUAACAUAGGAAGAGUUUUAAUAAAAAUGGACUUGCCACCUAAAAAAAAUUUAGUUCCCCGAAUCACUUGUUCUUCGACAGCAACAUAUUUAGUUGUUUGCACAGAAGUUGUGCUAAGUUUAGAAUUGAUAGAACUCUUAAUUUCUCGCGGUGCCAGAAAUAUUAUAGUUCUAUGGGAUGGAUCUGCAAAAGCUUACUUUCUGUACAAAAUAAGAUAUUUUGAGAAAUCAUAUUCAUCAGUAAAUAUAGUUAUUAAAAAUGUAAUAAAUGAUAAGGAAUGUACUAAUGCAAUAAAGGAAGCAGAAAAGGUCGGUUCACUCGAAGGCGUCUUCUUAAUAGUUGGCAAAGAUGUAAAGCAAUGUGAUGAUGUAUCAGAAGAACAAAUACUUUUGACAAGAAACAAAACUCUCAUGUCAAUGAUUUCUAGCUUAGACUUCGCUACAAGAUCUCUUAGCCAGAAUUUAAGAUACUUUGUUAUAGUCAGUGAAUCGUCCCGAAAUAUUUAUGAUAAAGAAAUUUAUUUAAAAGCUGAAAAUAUAUGUAAAGAGCGUCAAACUAUUGGUCUUCCGGGAUUGGCUUUUGAAGCUGAAAUUUCAAAUGAGUUGUCUAAAUACUUCAACUCGAAGGACAAUAUAGUGGCUGAAAUAAUACCCGAGGUGCUCAGUGCAUUGGAAAGAAGUUUGAAUCUUAAUUACCAUUACAUUAAAGCUGUUAUAGGACCUUGUAACGAAACAGGUUCCCUGGAAACUGAACGAAAGGAAUUUGAUCCCAAAACUACAACCGUUGAUCCAAAAAUAGUUGACGGAAGUGAAAGAAGAGUAAAAGGAAAGGAUCUUUCUGAGUUCAGUUUCACUAACGGCAAUGGAGAUUCUAUGGCAGAGAAAAACAAUGGCUUUGGAGUAUUUUACUCUUAUAUUGAGUCUGACGUAAAUGAAAUUACGGCCCAUGCUCUAGUUCGAAUGUCAACCAAAGCCUAUGAAUAUUUUGAGAACAAGUUUGAAAUAGAUCCAAGUGUGACGCAUCUGAUACUUAUCCCUGGCUUCGAAGGUCAUCACAAAAUAUUCAAGGAUCUCUGCGAGCCGUUGAAAUUAAGAGCCGUCGCUAUGAAAUUGGACACGGAUUUAAACAGUUCCAGUAUUCAAAAUAUGGCAUUAAAUAUAUAUAAGACACUUUCAAGAAAUCUUAACUUUAAGAAGACAUUUUACUUGUUGGGAUAUUCUUUUGGAGUGAAUGUGGCUCUGGAAUUAGCAGCUUUAAUAGAGAAGCAAGGUGAGCGCGGUAUCGUCUUCUGCUUGGACAGCAGCCCCGAUGCCUUAAAGCAUCUGAUGAAGACUUACGCCGGUGAUUUAUCGAAUACCAAUCUGCAAAAUGUAAUCGCAGCUCGUAUGUUUCAUCUGACGACUGGAUUAAAUAGUGAAGAGUUUUUGAAGGAAUUGGAGACUAUUGAGAGCUGGGACAAGAAGAUUGACGCCUUCAUCCGACGUGUUAAAGGACUAGUUCCCUAUUCACAUGAAUAUAUGAGAUCUUUGUUGGAAAUUACAUAUAAUAGAGUUAUUUCGGCGAGGGAAUAUCAACCGAACCUUAAAUUAAAAUCAGAAUUGGUUCUUAUUAAGUCAACUACUUCUGCCGAAUUCGUAAAUCUACCUGACGAUUAUAAUUUGGGAAAGUACUCAGAGAGUCCAGUCAAAGUUUAUGACAUUGAUGGGGACCACGCCUCGGUCCCGUACGAUAUCAGAGUAUCGACAAUUAUAAAUGACUCGCUCGAAGCAAAACUGUUGAAUGAAUUCAAUAAGACAAACACAUGUGAGACAUAUUUGAUGAAAGAUUGAUUUUCUUCACAAGUUAAAUAUGUAUCUGAAUGCAA